GCAGUCGGGCGUUGCGGUUUCGCUGCAGGAACACGCUGACAGGCAUUUGCGGGUCGCGUUCUCUCCAAAAGAUACAACGUUGCAGCGUUUGUACCCUGUGACAGGCGUGGGAAUUAUUGGUGGGGACGAGAUUUUGAGAGCGAUUACGACACGAGAGCCCAUAGAUUGUUGUAACUGUGGCAGGAAUCCAACUAUCCAUCACCAAGAAGAAAUCUAUUAGUUUUAGACCGGGGAAUUCCUUUACCUAAAAAAUUAGAAUGAAAGAACCUUUGGAUGGUGAAUGUGGCAAAGCAAUGGCACCGCAGCGGGGGCUUCUGGACAAAAUUAAAGAAGAACCUGACAAUGCUCAAGCAGUGUCAUUCCAGGACAGGGAUGUCAAGUAGAUGUUAUCUUGUUCAUCCACUCCACGCCUUCCUAAAAUGCUGUGCUGCGAAGGGUUCUGAGGAAUAUGUACAUGCUUCAAAGCCAAAAACUCAAGAAAGUGAACUGAAAAUUAGUGCUGUCUUUUCAGUCAGUGACAGUCCUCUUGCCCAACAGUUGACCCCAGGCUUUCAGCUCUCUCUUGCAUCAUCUGGCCCAAAUAUAUCGCUUCCUUCAGUUCCAGCCGUAGCUAUUCAGGUUUUUUGUUCUGGUUGCAAAAAAAUGCUUUAUAAGGGGCAAACUGCAUUUCAUAAGACAGGAUCUACUCAGCUCUUUUGCUCCACAAGGUGCAUCAUCGGAUAUUCUUCACCUGUCUGCCUACCACCUCCUCCCAAGAAAACCUGUGCAAACUGCUCAAAAGACAUUUUAAAUCCAAAGGAUGUGAUCACAACCCGAUUUGAAAAUUCCUCUCCUAGCAAAGAUUUCUGCAGCCAAUCAUGCCUUUCUUCUUAUGAGCUAAAGAAAAAACCUGUUGUUACCAUAUAUACCAAUAGCAUUUCAACUAGGUGCAGUAUGUGUCAGAAGAAUGCUGAUAUUCGAUUUGAAGUUAAAUAUCAAAAUGUGCUACAUGGUCUUUGUAGUGAUGCCUGUUUUUCAAAAUUUCAUUCUACCAACAACCUUACCAUGAACUGUUGUGAGAACUGUGGGAGCUAUUGCUAUAGUAGCUCUGGUCCUUGCCAGUCCCAGAAGGUUUUUAGUUCAACAAGUAUCACAGCAUAUAAACAGAAUUCAGCCCAAACUCCUCCAUAUGCCUUGGGGAAAUCAUUGAGGCCCUCAGCUGAAAUGAUUGAGACUACGAACGACUCAGGAAAAACAGAGCUUUUCUGCUCUAUUAAUUGCUUAUCUGCUUACAGAGUUAAGACAGUUAUUUCUUCAGGUGUCCAGGUUUUGUGUCAUAGUUGUAAGACCUCAGCAGUCCCUCAGUAUCACCUAGCCAUGUCCAAUGGAACUAUAUACAGCUUCUGCAGCUCCAGUUGUGUGGUGGCUUUCCAGAAUGUAUUUAACAAGCCAAAAGGAACAAACUCUUCAGCAGUGCCCUUGUCUCAGGGCCAAGUGGUUGUAAGUCCACCCUCUGGGUCAGCAGUGUCAGCAGGAGGAGGUAACACCUCUGCCGUUUCCCCCAGCUCCGUCAGUGGCUCUGCCGCAGCCAGUCUCCAGCCUCCUUCUGCUCAGUCCCAGCAAGUUGCUUUAACCCAUACAGUUGUUAAACUCAAGUGUCAGCACUGUAACCAUCUGUUUGCCACAAAACCAGAACUUCUUUUCUACAAGGGUAAAAUGUUUCUGUUUUGUGGCAAGAUUUGCUCUGAUGAAUACAAAAAGAGAAAUAAAGUUAUGGCAAUGUGUGACUACUGUAAACUGCAGAAAAUUAUAAAGGAGACUGUACGAUUCUCAGGGGUUGAUAAGCCAUUCUGUAGUGAAGUUUGCAAAUUCCUCUCUGCCCGUGACUUUGGAGAACGAUGGGGAAACUACUGUAAGAUGUGCAGUUAUUGUUCACAGACGUCCCCUAAUUUGGUAGAAAAUCGAUUGGAGGGCAAAUUAGAAGAGUUUUGUUGUGAAGACUGCAUGACCAAAUUUACUGUUCUAUUUUAUCAGAUGGCCAAGUGUGAUGGUUGUAAACGACAGGGUAAGCUAAGUGAGUCCAUAAAAUGGCGAGGAAACAUCAAACAUUUCUGUAACCUAUUUUGUGUCAUGGAGUUUUGUCAUCGUCAGCAAAUUAUGAAUGACCCUCUGUCACAAAAUAAAGUAAAUAUUUCUAAGGCACAAACUGCUUCAGUGGAGCUCCCUUCUGCAAGGACAAAUACAAUACCAGUUAUAACCAAUGUGGUGUCAUUGGCAAAAAUAUCUCCUGCCCAGCUCACAGAGAAUGUUGUUUUAAAAGGUGCAGUUAAUACUAAAGAGGCAGCAAAGAUCAUUGAAGAUGUAUAUUUUGCACAUUCAUCGUCCUUACUGCCAGUCAACCAAGAACUCCCAGACUGGUCAGAAUUAUUCCACCAAGGUGGAGGCCUCCGUUAAUCGCCUGGUCAGCCUGCCUCUGCUGGCCUCCUACACGUACCACUCUCUGAGCGUCCAUUUCCGCCAUGGUCAUGUGGCUCUGGAGAGUGUGGGCCACUUCUUCCGAGUCUCCUGAAGAUGCAAAACCAGCGCAGUGGCUGUAUCCUCUUCCAGGGUGUGCAGAAACUGUCCCAAGAUGAGUGGGGUAAAACCCUGGAUGCCAUGGAAGCCACCAUGAUUGUGGAGAAGAGCCUGAACCAGGCCCUUUUGGAUCUUCAUACCCUGGUUCUGCCUGUGCAGACCCCCAUCUCUGUGACGUCCUGGAGAAUCACUUCAUAGAUGAGGAGAUGAAACUCAUAAAGAAGAUGGGCCACCACCUGACACACUGGCUGGUGUUAGGCUGGGCUGGGCGAGUAUAUCUUUGAGGGGGCCACCCUCAACUCAAGAAGGGCUAGGAGCCUCCAGCCCAGCUGCCUUUGAGGGGCCCCUCUGUUAUCCCCCGGUGUCAGGGCUUCUGUCUGAGCCUCUUCCUGCAGCCACUAGGCAGCUUUUUAACCACGCUGGAGCCCUCUCCCAAGCCAUGGACCCAAUGGAAACAAGAAAGCUUUUGCAGGAAAAGAGAAAGACCUUGGUCUACGGAUAUACUAGCACAUGAAGAAUCAAUUUGUAUGUAAGGAUAUUUAUUGUAGCAUUGUUUGUAAUAGCAAAAGAUUUGUAACAUUUAAAUGUUUAGCAGCAGGGACUCUUCAAAUUACAUUACAAGUACAUUCAGUGUAUAAAGCUGUUACUAGGCAGCUUUGUAUAAAGUUUUAUGAAAAUACCUCCAAGAUAGUUCGCUAAGUGGCAAAGCAAGGUGCUGAGCCUUGCUAAUAAUAUGCUACCAUGUGUAGUCAAAAGCAACUUAUUUAAUUACAUAGCCCAUCUCUAGAAGGAUGUAUAUGAAACUGGGAACAGUGUGUUCAAGACUGAGUCUGGAUAGAUGGCAGACAGGUGUGGAAAACUUAACUUUUCAUGUAUACACUUUUAUACCUUUUGAAUUGUUACAUCAUUCAAAAUUACUGCCUCUGUCACCUAUUUAAAAAGUAAAUUUAAAUAACAGUAGUACUCCCUUAUCCGUGGGGGAUACGUUCCAAGACCCCCAGUGGAUGCCUGAAACCAUGGGCAGUACCGAACCCUAUAUAUACACUAUGUUUUUCCUAUACAUACAUAUCUAUGAUAAAGUUUAAUUUAUAAAUUAGGCACAGUAAGAGAUUAACAACAAUAACAAAAUAGAACAAUUAUAACAGUAUACUAUAAUAAAAGUUAUAUGAAUGUGAUCUCUGUCUCAAAAUACCUUAUUGUACUGUAUUCACCUUUGUGGUGGUGAUAUGAGGUGAUGAAGUGAGGUGAAAAACAUAGGCGUUGUGAUGAAGUGUUAAGCUUUUCCCUUUGCACUUGAAGGACACAGUUUAGGGCUUUUCUUCGGCAUAUCUGAAUUGCCAGCAUCACUGCUCUUGCACUUUGGGGCCAUUAUGAAAUAAAAUAAGGGUUACUUGACUAGAAGCACUGUGAUACCACGGCAAUCAAGCUGACAACCAAGGUGGCUACUAAAUGACUAAUGGGCAGGAUACGCUGGACAAAGGGAUGGUUAACUUCCUGGGCAGGACAGAAUGGGACAGCAAGAGAUUCCAUAGUGCUACUCAGAAUGGUGUACAAUUUAAAACUUAUGAAUUGUUUAUUUCUGGAGUUUUCCAUUUAAUAGUUUCAGACUGCAGUUGACCAUGGGUAACUGAAACGAAGGAAAGCAAAACUGCAGAUGAGGGAGGCUGCUGUGUACCGUUCGGUGGUUUCCCAUCAUGCUUAAAGUACAAUCCUAAUUUUCUGUUUUUUUUUUUACUAAGACCUUCCAGGUCCUAUACAAGUUGGCUUCUGCCGACCUUUCCAAAUGUAUCAUUUUAGCCCUGGCUUAACUUUAUUUCAGCCUUGUUCUUGUUGAUGUUCCUUAAGCAUGUCACGCUCUUUCCCACUUCAGGUCUUUUGCAUCUCAGUCCCUCUGCCUGGAAUCCUCUGACCUCAGGCAUUGCAUGGCGUGCUCUUUUGAAUAUUCAUAAGGUCUUUGCUCAAAUGUUUACUCCAGAAUUACCUCUGCUCCACGCUGUCACUCUCCAUUCCCUUAUCCUGCUUUAUUUCUUUCAUAGCAGUUAUUACUACCUGGAAUUAUACAUUAUGUAUUUGUUUUACUUGUUUAUAUUCUGUGUCUCCCUCUAGAAGGUAAGGCCCAUAAGAGCAGGACUUUGUCUUGUUUUCUGCUGUAUGCCCAGGUCUAAGGACAGUGCCUGGCUUGUCGUAAACGUUCAGUAAAUGUUUACUGAGUGAAAGAACAUGUUUUAAAUACAUUCUCCCACUCUGUUGUUUAUCCUUCACCCUUUAAGACCUUUGUUUGCAAAAGUUUAAAACUUCAAGGUGGUCAGUUGUAUCAACCUUUUCUACUUUAUUUUUAACUCUUUUGUGUUUUAUUUAAGAAUACUUCCUCUGAGUUCUGGUUAUUUGAAAAUUCUCCAUUGAUUUUAAAGUUUUAUUUUUUUCACGUUGAGGUCUUUAAUCGAUGUGGAAUAUUUUUUUGCAUAUGGUCUGAAUUUGGAUCUAAGUUUUCUGAAUAGCCAAUUGUCCUAAUCAGAUUGUUUUCUUUGUUUUGAUUGUACUUAUUAUUGGCAGAGUAUUUUUUUUAAAUCAAUAAAUGGUACUGAUACUGAUUGAAGAAUUAGGAAUUAGUAUAUAUUUUCCAAAGCAACUUUCUUGUACCACUCUUUUAGAGAAUUAUAUUUCUCUUGAUAUAUGUCACCUUUCAACUGAUAGCAAUAUUAGUCAGUGAGAAGGUACUAAAAAAAAAUCUCUCUGGUUUCUGGA